AGCGAACGCGCACUCUUAGUCGGAUCUGCAUUCUUAGUCUCCGCGUCUCACGAGGUCUGGAUACAAAAGUCAAGUUUAUCUCGCGAUUAGUGGACGGAGCAUGAAGCUUCCAUCACUCCUCGUGCUGAAUUAUUCACACAGAUAUCAACCAUGAAAUCUGCAGUGCUGGUGGUGAUGUUGGUGGUGUUGCAAGGGUGUAGCAGCCAGGUAUUAAAUCUGCCUCUCUUCACCGAGGAGGAGAAGAAUUUUUACCUAAAUCACAUAUCAGAAGUUGUCGAUUGUCUCGUGGAUGCCACCAAAACUGACUGCCACGAGGCCACACACAGAAUUAGAAGUCUGCUGCCCGAGUUAGUGAGAAGGAACUUCAAGUGCCAAUGUGACGCCCAGAAAGAUGUCGACCUCUUCGUAAGCAUAAUCAGUAAGCCAGAGAACGCCGCGUAUAACAGAAAGCUGGCAGCAUAUAUCAACGAACAUGUCAAUCGUUGAACACCUCGUGUACACACAGAGUGAUCACGGUGUACACAGCCUCGUCAUCGCCUGUGCAUCUCUCCAUAGUUCUCUGGUUCAUCAUAUAACUCACUAAAGUCAAACUUUCGGUAACUCAUCUUCAGACAGUCUGCAAGUGACAAUGUCACAACUCUAAUAUGAUAAAUUGUACGAAUUAUUGUAUGAAACGUAUUUUUUCCAAGAACCAAAUAAAACAUUUAAAACAA